AUGAAUUCAGAAUUGGGAUCCAUCUCAGAACGUGCUCCUUUAAAAACGUAGCCGACUCUCCCAAAAUAAUAGCUAAGGCCAGCAUUCUUAAAGACAGUUAAUUUGAAAACUAUACACACUAAUAGAAUGAACUCAUUUCAAAAUAAAAUCUGGAGAGAUAGAGCACUCUUAGUACUAAUCUAAGUACUUCGCUUUAUAUCACUUAUUACUCGCAGUCCCUUUGCAUCAAAAUUCUCUUUAUUGGAUAGAAAUAUGUUUAGAAUUAUUGGGGAUAAAGCAGCUGAUUUCAAUUAUUACUUGCUCCAUGAUUAUUUUAAAUAUAUGGUAAUAUGUCAACCUUAUCAAGAAACCCGAAUAAUCCUCUCGCGUCAAAUAUUUCUUACAAUAGCGCCUUUAUAAGAUUUGUUACAUGAAAGGAGUCAUGGAUUAUAUGACCAAUUUAAGGCUCAUCUUUGAACCAGAGUCCAUUUUACUACUGUUAUGGAAUAUUCUUUAACUCAUAAGCAUCAAUUUAAACAUACUGUAUAUAACUGUUAAAUUUUCUUUUGAUUUUGAAAACUACCCACCUGAAAGUUAUGAAUUUUGCGAAAUUUUUCUAUUCCAAGUCCCCUUUUUUUUAUAUUUGAUAGACAUCCUAAUUUAGCUUAACACUUGCUAUUACGAAGCAGGCUACCUAGUUAAGGAUAGAAAUAAGAUUUGGUACAACUUUUACAAAAAUAGUAUAUUUCAACAUUUAAAAUUUUAGAUUUUUUUAAUAAUUUACUUAUAUUAGUUCCUACUUCCAUUUACUUUUUAGCCUUAUAAGAUUCCCCGCUUUAUUUAUUUAUGCUUCUGAAGGCUAUAUCAAUACCAACUAUAACUGAAGCCAUCAUAGACAGAGUAGAGCUUACAACCAAUUACUGGAUCAUCUAUGACCUAAUCCGUUUGAUUUACGUGAUUCUUUACGAAUCGCAUAUUUGUUGUUGUGGAUUAUUCUAUGUAGGACUUUUGAACAAGGAAGCCUCUUGGUUAUUACAAAAUGACCUAAUCAAUGAAACUUGGAUUAUAAAAUAUGUAUAUUUAUAUUUUAUCUUAGCUCAGUACAUUCUAUUGGAGUAUAAUCACUAUGACUACAAUAGGCUAUGGUGAUAUUACACCUUAGAAUCUAUUUGAAAAGUCGUUUCUAAUAUUUGUUGCUAUUUUUUCAUGUUGUACAUUUGGUUAUUCAAUUAAUUGUAUUGGCCAGAUUAUUGGGUAAUUGCAAUCAAAGAAUCACUAAAUUCGAGUUGAUUUGAAUGAUUUAAAAUAGUAUCUUAGAGUUAGGGGAUACAACAGUAAGUUGUAGAUAAAGAUUCUUAGAUUUUUUGAAUAUUUAUGGAAGGAUUAAAAGAAUGAAAAUCAAUUAGACUUAGUUAAAUUCAACUAACAAUUGCCAUCUCAUUUGCAUAGUGUAAGAUAAAUAAUAUUAUAGGAAAUGAUGAUAGACCUUAACAUGAAGAGUAUAUCAAAGAUCCCUUUCUUCAAAGAGAAUUUUAAUGAGGAUUUCAUAUCAGCGUUGGCGUCUAAAUUUACUGAAGAAAAGUUGGUUCCAUUCAAUACAAUAUUUUCAAAGAAUGAUCCUAGCAAUUUUUUAUACAUCUUGUGUGAUGGGGAAAUUGAAUAUUUUGUCGAAAUUCCAGAGGGUUCUGCUACUAUUUUAAGUAUCCAGACAAUAACUGGAUAGGACGAAAUAUUUGGUUAGCAAGAGUUUCUCUUAGAUUAGAACUAUGAAAUAAGUUGUAGAUCAACUACAUCAUCAAGAAUAUUGAAAAUAUCCAAGAUGGACUUCAAUAUAAUAGCCAAGAAAUUUGGAUAUGUAUAUAGCUUUCUUAAUCCUAGGAAAAAUACUGUUAAUUGAAAGAUUUAGUCAAAUUCUCUGGUCGAUUUGAUGAAUUUCAUUUGCAUUGUGUUGGGUGUAAUAAAUCUACGCACAUGCUCUAUUAAUGUCCGAUGUUAACUGGUUUUCCUAAUAAAACCAAAAUAAUCAUUCAAUAUCGUAAGAAUCAAUUGUAAGAAAGGAAGUUCCACACAAGAAAUAACUUAAAAAGAAGAUUGUCAUCACUCAUUUUUGAGGCAUAAAUAUCUGAUACAGUGCUUUACUAUCUAUUGAAAGACCCUAAACUAUCCCUAUAAAUUAGUUCUUAAUAUUACAUUCAAACCUUAAAACAGUAGUAGAUGUAAAAAGAGUAAUAGAAUAAUAUUUCUAAUGUGCAUAAGUUGCCUAAAGAUGAGGUCAGAUAAACAGGAAGGAAGCAAUCAGUCUUGAAUAUUAAAGGUAGAAAGCAAUCUCAGUAUAUUAAAAGAUUGCCUGAUUUUCUUAAUGGUCAGUAUAUCAAUUUUAAAUCAAUGGCUGAAGAUAAGAUUAAAACUGGAGUAGACAAUAUUUCUAAGAAUGUGUCUGCAUAACAAUCGGAGACUCCGAGUCCUGAAAGAAAACAAAAUACGAAAAUGAAGACUCAGGAAGAAAUCAAUAUUUUUGAAUAACAUAGGAUCUCUGCAGAUAUUGCUAAGACUUUAUCCUUCAAAUCCAUGAAUUAAUCAUCUCAGGAUUAGGAAUAAUAGUUAAAUUCGGAUACUGAUAGUGUUAAGGAAAACUCUGAAUUGUCAUAGUAGAAUUCUUCGCUGUCAUAGACGAGCAGUGAAUCUCCUUCAAAAAACUAGAAGGAUGUCAGUCCAGGGAUUGAUCAAAUCACUCAGAUUUAUAUGGGUACAUACAAAGAUAUUUUUGAGAAAUUCGACAAAUUCCAGGAUUAUUAAAAUUAUAUGACACAUAUGAAUUCUUCUAAGAUUCUUGAACAACUCAAUCAAUUCAAAGAGACACAGAAUUUUACUGAUUUUAUGAAUGUGAACUUUGUGAGAAAACGUAGAUCAAAACGUAGUAAAUUGGUAAUAAAAAUUGAUUAUUGAGAUUAUUAUUAAUUUAUUUAUGUACAGAUUUAAACUCUGUCUAAAUUAUUCACGUUUGAAUUAAUCGCUUUCUGCUUUUUUGAAAAAGUACAAGACGAAUUAAAAGAAUGUGAUUCAAGUUGACAAUAAAUUAGUCGAAAUUGAUAAAAGUAUUUCACGAUAGCCAAAACCAAUCCAACCAUAAUAAACAAUUCCUCAAGAAGAUCAAUUAAAAUAGAAAUAUCUCUUAUAGAGAGCAAAACCAAUUGAUCUCAACGAGAAGGACAACUUCAGUCAUUUUAAUAGAGCACAAUAACUGGCAUUAGAUAAAUAGGUAAAGUAAGUAGGAGAAGAUUAUAAAGUGGAAGCAGAAGUAUUGAAAUUACAAAACAAAGGAGAAUUGUGUAAUGAUUCAUUUUAUUAUUAAUAGUGAUUGAUGACACCAAAUUGCCGAAAUAAUUCUUGGCAACUCUGGAUAGACAAAGAAAGAAAGGUAAGAGAAUGCUGAGGAGAUUCUUUAUCGAUGGUGAACAUCGUUACGUGAAGGAAAAUAUCUAUAAAUUCAGAAGUGUGGCUGAAUGGAAGAAAUACAUGAGAUUUAAGAAGCCUAUGUUGAUUGAUUUAAAAAUGGAAUAAUUUAAGAGAUAUCCAGGUACAGACAAGGGAAAAUUUCCUUUGUAAGACAAGCCUGGAUUUACAAGUAAAAAUUGAUCUCAAAUUUAUAGAGUGGUUUAGAGAAAAUCAUACUCAGAAAACAGUGGAUGCAAUUGAAUAUUUAGUCAGAAAAGGAUAUGGUAAACAACCUGAAAUAAUGAUGAAGAAGAAGAAGGGUUAUAGAUCGAGGACAAAGAAAGCACUAGCAAAACUUGACUUGAAAAAAAGAUUAUAGAGAUUAAAGCAAGAAAUACAUGAGGAGUCAAAUUGGGAGACUGUGGCUCCAGGACCAGCUCUAUUCGUUAAGGAAACCAUGAUGGAACAAUUAUUGAAGAGGAAUCCAAUUAAAGAUUUGGGAUUAAAUACGAAUAUCAAAAUUCAGACUCAUAUACCCGAUGGAGAAGUUCAACCAUUGCCAGAGAAGUACCCUUUAGAGAAGACCGAAUUGAUUUACUAUUUGGAAAGAUGGUCAUUCUUCAGAUCAUUUGGAGCAUAUUAAUUAUUGAAGGAUAUCAUAACUGGUAAGCAAGAAUCUAGUCCACAGGAACCUGUUAAAUCUGGAUCCUUGAAUACAUAUUACUAGACAUUACCUAAACAUAUUAGAGACAAUCCCAAUGUUAAGAAUGUGUACAGAGGAUUGGAAUUCGCAAAUAAUUAGAUGACAUUGGCUGAAAAAGAAAACUCUUUGAAUUAUGCUGCCAGAUUAUCUUGCCAAUUUGAUGAAAUGAAUCAAGAAGUCUAUGAUUUAGGAUCAGCUGGAUACAGACCUAUGAUUUCAAGAUUCGAUGAGGAAAGAUUGAUGCAAGAUCAAGAAAAUGAACAUGUCGAUACUGCUAUUGUAAUUCAAAUUUGUUUAAUCUUUUACUUAGAAUCCAGAUGUAGUCUUCAAGUAUUUAGAACAGAGAGCACACACUCCAAGACAUGUUGCUAAGGAUGAUGUUCCUCUUCCUGAUUGGGCUGUGGAUAAAUCGGAGAGAGUGGAUGAUAUUCCUGUUGAUUACUACAUCAACGACGAUGGAUUCUGGGAUGAUUACAUUAAAGCCAAAGAAGAAAAACACUUAAAGGACAGUCCAAUAUCUGGAGGAAAGAAAUAUUUUAGACAUAUUUGAAA